GGUAUCUACUAUCUGAUCAAGUAAAAAAAAAAAAGACACAUUUUUCUACAAAAAUUGUUAAAUUUGUAAAUAAUUUUAACUGGAGAGCGUAUAUAAUAGUAUAAUUGUUUACCGCAAUAGUAUAUUGUAAUAAGUUAAUAUUUUUUCUGUAUCAUUUUUAAUACUUAUAUCAACAAAAUUUGGCAUAUUUUAGUAUGAAUAAUUUGCGUAGAUUGUUUUUGUCAAAUAAGUGUCCUUUAACCUAUGGAAUAAAACGAUACUCGAACCGCGAAAAUGCUCUCACGGAAAAUGAGAAGACAAAACUUUAUGAAAGAUUGAUGGGCUCAAGACACAAUGAGAAAAAAACCGAAGUGAGCUCAUUCAGGUCUUGGCUUGUGCCGGGUGACGACUAUGGUCCACCGAGAUUACUAAAUUAUGACUGGACUAUGAAAACUAUAGCUAAAUGGUAUUAUCGUAAAACUAUUGAAUUUCAAAAAUACAGCCAACGGUAUAUACCUGACCGUGUCAAGGCUCUAGGCUCUGACAUAGCCAUAGCUCAUUACAUUGUUUAUCGUGGUGGUGCAGUUAAGUUUCGUGAUCACGAUGACUUUAUUCGAUGGGAAAAUAAAAAAGAUGAUUACUUUGUUAAUUUGCCACAAACAUACGAAUCAAAUUAUUUUGUUGAAGCUGUUGACGCUUCGGACAUGGUUAUUUACUAUGAAGGAUUAGAAAAUUUCAAAAACUUAUACAAAUUGAAAUGGUUAAGUUUCAAAAACAACCCGGUACUAGACGACUGGGGUUUAGACUACAUUGGAAGUACAAUACCGAAUUUGGAAUAUUUAGAUAUAACUAAUUGUAAACAAAUAACAGCCAACGGAAUUUGUGGUCUUCAUAAGUCAACUCAAUUAAAACAAUUAGUUGUAAAUAAUGAAGAUAUAGAGUUUCAAAUGGCAUGUUUUGCUUUAGAAGACAUCAUACCUGGAUUAUCUGUUUCAACUCCUUCAAUUGAAAAUGAAAAUACGCAAAAAGAAAACUUAGAAAAAGUAUAAGAUUUACUUUAUAUUUGUUUAAGAUAAAACAAACUAUGUUUUGUUAAAUUUUGAUACAAUUUGUUUUUGUUACGGUUUUUUUUAGUGUAUUAAUUGAAUAAACUAAAGAAGAUCUA